GAGUGUUGUAAUAACUACUGUCAAAACUCUUCUUCCACAUGAGUUGGGGAGGAGAAUUGGGAUAAGGUGUUAGUCUCAGGCAAAAGCCAUAGUUCUUCUUCCACCCUCACCCUCCUUCCAUGGCUGAAGUUUCGAGAAAUUUCCACACCACUUUUAUCCCAACCUUUUCUGUUCCUUAUCACAGAACUUCUUCUCACAACCCACAACUUAACCAGAGAAAAAAUUCCAUCUUUCGAUGUUCAAUCUCCACUGCAGGUGACACCUCCAGAACCUCCGUCAUCCAGACAAUCCCAUGGGGCUGCGAUGCCGAUUCUCUGGAGAAUGCAGAAUCUCUACAGAGUUGGCUAUCAGACUCCGGCCUCCCACCUCAAAAGAUGACGAUUGAGACUGUCGAAGUAGGGGAGAGAGGUCUCGUUGCUCAGAAGAACGUUCGCAAGGGGGAGAAAUUACUAUUCGUCCCCCCUUCUCUGUUCAUCACCAGUGAUUCAGAAUGGACUUGCCAAGAGGCUGGUGAGAUCAUAAAACAGAAUAAUGUCCCUGACUGGCCAUUGUUAGCAACCUAUCUGAUCAGUGAAGCAAGCACAAUGGGUUCUUCUAGAUGGAACAAUUAUAUCUCAGCCCUUCCUCGACAACCAUAUUCCCUUUUAUACUGGACGCCUGAAGAACUAGACAGAUAUCUAGAAGCUUCUCAAAUUAGAACUCGUGCCAUUGAAAGGAUCAGUAAUGUUACUGGAACAUAUAAUGACAUGAAGUUUAGAAUAUUCUCAAAGUAUCCUGAUGUAUUUCCUGAAAAGGUUUUCAACAUGGAGACGUUUAAAUGGUCAUUUGGCAUUCUUUUUUCACGUUUGGUUCGGUUGCCUUCAAUGGAAGGAAAGGUUGCCUUAGUUCCCUGGGCAGAUAUGUUGAACCACAGCUGUGAUGUUGAGACAUUUCUAGAUUAUGACAAGUCAUCUCAAGGAGUAGUCUUUACAACUGAUCGACCAUAUCAGCCAGGUGAGCAGGUGUUCAUAUCAUAUGGCAGAAAAUCUAAUGGGGAGCUUUUGUUGUCAUAUGGAUUUGUUCCCAAGGAAGGAACAAACCCAAGUGAUUCAGUUGAAGUCUUAUUGUCAAUUCAAAAAUCAGACAAAUGCUUCAAACAGAAGCAAGAAGCUUUAAGGAAGCAUGGACUGUCAAUGACACAGUGUUACCCGAUACAGAUAACUGGUUGGCCAGUUGAGUUAAUGGCAUAUGCGUAUUUAGCUGUUAGCCCACCAAGUCUAGUUGGACAGUUUGACGAGAUGGCUGCUGCAGCUUCAAACAAGACAACCUCCAAGAAGGAACUCAUAUAUCCCGAAUUAGAAGAGGAAGCAUUACAAUUUAUCUUAGACAGUUGUGAAUCAAGCUUAUCGAAAUAUACCAAGUUCAUUCAGGCGAGUGGAACUAUGGACUUGGAUGUUACGUCACCAAAGCAGUUGAACCGGAAGCUCUUUCUAAAACAGCUGGCUGUAGACCUAUGCACGAGUGAACAACGAAUAUUAUUCCGUGCCCAAUAUAUAUUGAGGAGGAGAUUACGCGACAUUAGAAGUGGCGAAUUGAAAGCUCUUACACUCUUUAAUGGGUGGUUCAGAAAGUUUUUUGAAGGAUCAUGAUAUAUGGGCUGUGGAGGAGUGAGCUUCUUCUGUUAAUCUGAUACCAUUUCUGAGUAUUAUUUGUUUGGUUUAGUCUUUUUCUUUUUUAACAUCUUAUUGAACAAACAGAAAUUUGUGUUAUAAUAGUAUUAUACUACAGUUUGU